GAAGUAGUUUGUCGCCAGCUGGCGCCCUAGUCGGCGGAUGCGCCAGUCGAAUCGCUGACUUGACCAGACUCGGGUUUUCCUCACUCAAGGCACAUGCGCUCGACGACGUUGGUAUUAAUGUGCAUCGCGCUGCUCUUGGCAGUGUUCGCGUCGGCUGACACUCACAUUCGCCAUGGCAAAAAUGCCGUGGCUCAAGACCCUCAAGGCCGCCACGCUCAGCAAUACUCGCCGCAACAUGGCAACGGUGGCGCGUACGUCGCGAGGCGCCAGAACUUCUUUCGCAACGUGGGCAACACGUUUCGUAGCAUUGGCCACCAUGUCAAGCAAAAAGUACAGAAGGUCGCCAACUGGGGCCGAAAUGUUGGCCAACACAUCAACCGCGGCGUCCAAACUGCCCAGCGAUGGAUCGGACGCGGCCAGCAAGUCAUGGACACGGUCCAUCGCGGCAAAGGACUGAUCCAACAGGUCGGCGGGUUCUUUGGGCGUGGGUUGCGAGACGGCCAGUCGAAAGACAACGAGUAGGACAGCGCUGCUAGAACAGUAUUUGAAUGUCAUGUACUGUUGAUGAAA